ACUCAUUAACAGGAACCCAGAGAACAGUGGCAAAACAGUUGUGUAUGCUCAGAGUUCAAGCGGUAUAAAUGGUGGAGAAAAAAUUAAAAAGAGAAUUGCGGUCCACAGUAGUGAGCAGCUGUCCAAACUUGACACGAGGCAGCAAAAUUCUAUCACUCAAAAACUAACUGGAUAUCACAUGUACAAUUAA